GAUGCUAUUAAUAGCUUCGUUUGCUGAUUGGCUUACGGGAGUUAAAAAAAAGUGGUGUGUACCACGUGAUUUUCCAUCUGAAAACUCCAAGAUGGCGGGUCCCGUCACGGGCUGAUUCCGUUGGCGGCGCGCGCACUGCUGUGCUAGCGCCUAGGGCCCUUCCCCCCUCUCCCACUAACGGUGGUUUGUGUAGGGGUCGUUCGUCCCCCGUCCCAGCUUUAGUCUUCUGUCGCCUCGCACAGAGAACUGGAGAGGAAUAGGAGAGUGAGCGAUACAUUUGCUUCUCGUCAGGGAAGGGGCACUCGCCACAAGUGAGGGAAGCAAGUGGGUUUAUUGAAACCUGCUCUCUCAGUACUCCAGUAGAGAACUUUCAUUUUGAAAAAAACUUGAAGAUAAUCUACCAACCGGCUGGAUUACAUUGCUUUAUCACUUAGAAUGUCUUUCUGAUUGAGAGUUGCUGGUGGCUAUGAAUCUGUCUCCUGGAUGUACUUCCUAUGUUCACUUGGAGUACUGAAGCUCUUCAGGGCUGUACCCUGUACGCAAGCCAGCCUCUUUCUCGUACUUGGUUAAACAAGUUUAGAUUCUGCUAGCAAUGAGUUCUCAAAGCCAUCCAGAUGGACUUUCUGGAAGGGACCAGCCUGUAGAGUUGCUUAAUCCAGCAAGAGUAAACCACAUGCCAAGUUCUGUGGAUGUCACCACAACACUACCCUUGCAAGUUGCACCAUCUGUAGUCCCUAUGGAUCUUCGCUUGGACCAUCAGUUUUCCAUGCCAGUGGCUGAACCCACAUUAAGAGAACAGCAGCUGCAGCAGGAACUUUUGGCCCUCAAACAAAAACAGCAGAUCCAGAGACAGAUUCUUAUAGCUGAGUUCCAGAGGCAACAUGAACAGCUCUCCCGUCAGCAUGAAGCUCAGCUACAUGAACACAUAAAGCAGCAGCAGGAGAUUCUGGCAAUGAAACAUCAACAGGAGCUCUUAGAACAUCAGAGAAAGUUGGAACAGCAUCGUCAGGAGCAAGAGUUAGAGAAACAGCAUAGAGAACAGAAACUACAGCAGCUUAAAAACAAAGAGAAGGGGAAAGAAAGUGCAGUGGCAAGCACAGAAGUAAAAAUGAAGUUACAAGAAUUUGUCUUAAAUAAAAAAAAAGCGUUGGCGCAACGGAAUCUUAACCAUUGCAUUUCCAAUGACCCUUGCUUCUGGUAUGGGAAAACACAGCAUAGUUCUCUUGACCAGAGCUCUCCACCACAAAGCGGAGUAUCAGGCACCUACAAUCAUCCUGUACUUGGGAUGUAUGAUUCCAAAGAUGAUUUUCCACUCAGAAAAACAGCAUCUGAACCCAAUCUCAAAUUGCGAUCCAGAUUAAAGCAAAAGGUUGCUGAAAGACGUAGCAGCCCCUUGCUACGGCGGAAAGAUGGACCUGUAGUUACAGCUCUUAAAAAGCGUCCAUUAGAUGUCACAGACUCUGCGUGCAACAGUGCUCCUGGUUCUGGCCCCAGUUCUCCAAACAACAGUUCAAGUAAUAUAACUUCUGAAAAUGGAAUUACUGGAUCGGUUCCAAAUAUUCAAGCUGAGAACAACUUGGCUCAUAGACUAGUUAACCGUGAAGGCUCAGUAACGCAGCUUCCUUUGUACACCUCUCCCUCCUUGCCUAAUAUAACGUUAGGACUACCUGCUACAGCCCCAUCCAGUGGGGGAUCAGGACAGCAGGAUCCUGAAAGGCUUGCUAUUCCUUCCUUACAACAACGGAUCUCCUUAUUUCCUGGUACCCACCUCACUCCGUAUUUGAGCAGUACAGCAGUGGAAAGAGAUGGAGGAACUGCACAUAACCCUCUACUUCAACACGUGGUCUUACUGGAACAACCAACUGCACAAAAUCCCUUAGUCCCAGACUGGUAUCUUUCAGGACUAGGGGCACUCCCCCUCCAUGCGCAGUCCCUGGUGGGUACAGAUCGGCUUUCUCCCUCAAUACACAAACUUCGGCAGCACCGCCCUCUGGGGCGCACACAGUCUGCUCCACUUCCCCAGAAUGCACAGGCCCUCCAGCAGUUAGUGAUCCAACAACAGCAUCAGCAAUUUCUGGAAAAACACAAACAGCAAUUUCAGCAGCAGCAGCUGCACAUUAACAAGAUGAUACCAAAAUCAAAUGAGUCUUCCCGCCAGCAUGAAAGUCAUCCUGAAGAGACUGAAGAAGAAUUACGAGAACAACAGACAUUCUUAGAAGACCCAUAUAUUGACAGAAUAUCAAACCAAAAGGACAUUCAUGGGUUGACCAAUAUGGUCCAAGUGAAGCAAGAACCUGUUGAAAGUGAUGAAGAUGGAGACUUGCAACAAGAACUAGAACCAGGGCAGCGGCAAGCUGAGCAGGAGCUGCUAUUCAGACAGCAAGCCCUUUUACUGGAGCAGCAACGCAUUCAUCAGCUGAGGAACUACCAGGCAUCCAUGGAAGCUGCUGGCAUCUCAGUAUCCUUUGGAGGGCAUCGACCACUUUCUCGUGCCCAGUCUUCACCUGCUUCUGCUAACUUUCCCAUGUCUGUACAGGAGCCACCUUGCAAGCCACAGUUCACAACAGGCCUUGUGUAUGACACUUUGAUGCUAAAACACCAAUGUACCUGUGGAAACACAAACAGUCACCCAGAACAUGCAGGAAGAAUCCAGAGCAUUUGGUCACGGCUUCAGGAGACAGGUCUUCGUAGCAAGUGUGAGUGUAUCCGUGGAAGAAAAGCAACUCUAGAGGAGCUACAGACUGUUCAUUCAGAGGCUCACACACUGCUUUACGGUACCAACCCUCUGAACAGACAGAAAUUGGACAGCAAGAAACUGUUAGGUUCUCUAACAUCGAUGUUUGUUAGGCUCCCUUGUGGUGGCGUUGGAGUUGACAGUGAUACUAUUUGGAAUGAAGUACAUUCAUUUAGUGCAGCUCGCCUUGCAGUUGGCUGUGUCAUAGAGCUGGUUUUUAAAGUGGCUACAGGAGAACUGAAGAAUGGGUUUGCUGUAGUUCGACCACCUGGUCAUCAUGCAGAAGAAAGUACACCCAUGGGUUUUUGCUAUUUUAAUUCAGUGGCCAUUUCAGCCAAGCUUCUCCAGCAGAGACUGAAUGUGAACAAAAUCCUUAUAGUGGACUGGGAUGUACACCAUGGGAAUGGUACACAGCAAGCUUUCUACAAUGAUCCUAAUGUUCUUUAUAUUUCACUACACCGCUAUGAUGAUGGAAACUUUUUUCCAGGCAGUGGAGCUCCUGAUGAGGUUGGCAUAGGUCCUGGUGUUGGUUUCAAUGUUAAUAUGGCAUUUACUGGUGGUCUUGAUCCAUCAAUGGGAGACACGGAAUACUUGACUGCUUUCAGAACAGUAGUAAUGCCAAUUGCUAAUGAGUUUGCUCCAGAUGUUGUGCUGGUAUCAUCUGGUUUUGAUGCAGUGGAAGGUCAUCCUGCACCACUUGGAGGAUAUAAUCUGUCAGCAAAAUGCUUUGGGUAUUUGACAAAACAGCUCAUGGGCCUGGCUGGAGGACGAAUCAUUUUGGCUCUUGAAGGAGGCCAUGACCUGACAGCCAUUUGUGAUGCGUCAGAAGCAUGUGUUUCUGCUUUGCUAGGAAAUGAGCUUGAUCCACUUUCUGAAGAAGUAUUACAGCAAAGGGCAAAUGCCAAUGCAGUGCAUUCCAUUGAAAAAGUCAUUGAAAUACACAGUAAGUACUGGCACUCACUCCAGCGUUAUUCCUCAACAGUCAGCUAUUCUUUGAUAGAGGCACAGAAGUGUGAGAAUGAAGAAGCAGAAACUGUAACAGCGAUGGCAUCAUUAUCAGUGGCAGUCAAGCCGCCACCUGACAAAAAGCCAGAUGAGGAGCCCAUGGAAGAAGAUCCUCCCCUGUAGCACUCAUCUUUUGGGCUGGAGUUCUCCUGUUUGUUCGUCUUGUCUUGAAGCUCUGCCAAGAAGCUUUCUCUUGUUAUUCCUGCAUCCUGUCAUGGUUUUCUUCCAGACUACAGAAAGGCAGCCAUGCGUGCAAGAAAGCAAAAUCUCUCCAUAUCUGUACAGAAUAUUCUUGUGGAAAAGGAAAAUGCAGGUGAAGAGAAGAAAUAUUAAAGACAUAUGCACUGAGCAUUCUUCCUCUUUUCUUAAAUGGAAGCCAUGAGAGGCAAGAAGCCAGUGAAGUAUUUGGCAGAGUUGCCAAUUUUUUUUUAAUGAAAUCAAAGCUGUAACACAGACAUGACAACUUUCAUUUAAAACUGGUGCUUAAAAGUUUUAUUACCCUCCAUUCAGACCACUCAAAUCAUAUUGUAAUUUUGUUUUUUAUUUUCUAUUUUUGUGACUCUUGCCUACCUGUGAUUCAAACACUCUCUUCAUAACCCAGACAAUAUGAGAUUUUUUUCCAUAUGAAGGGUGAAAAGAGAAGUAAGCUUUUUAUACCUAUAUACAUACAUGCGGACUUUAUGCGUGUGGAGAGGAAGAACGUAAAUCAAGGAAGAUAGCCCAGAAAGGGGAUCGGCUUUGGUAUCUCAAAAGCCAUCUGAAGAGUUUGUGCCUUUAAAAAAACAUAGAUUGGAUUGGUUUGGGGCAGCUGGUUUUUUUCUGACUUUUUGAGGAACAAUGCCUUAAAGAAAAGAACUCCACAGCAGUUCCUCUGGCAGGGUAGGCCAAGAACUGCAAUUAACAAGAAAGGCUUUAGGAUUUGUGCUAGCAUGAUUACUUAAAGUAAGCAAUGGCCAGAGCUUCUCCAAAACAGUCUGCAAGUUGAGAUUCUGUUUUGCUUUGAUUUGUUGCUGUUUAAAAUGAAAUUAAGGUAGUUGCCAGUUAUGUGGCAAAUACGGUUGGGUUUCUAAAAUUCAACAAUUUUUUUUUUAAACCAACAUCUUCUCUUAUACAUUAUGUAUAACCAUUUUAACUAUCAAUUUGGUUGUAAAAGCAUGCAUCGGACAACUGCAAUUUAAAAAAAUUGGAAUGCUUUUAAUUAAAAGCAACUAGCAUGAGAUAUUGCUUAAUAUUUUAGAUAUAAAUAAAUAUAUAAAUGUAUAUGUAUAAUGUAUAUUCCAAAUGUAUUCCAAGCUUAGAAACAUGACUCUUAAAAAUUAUUGAUAAAAUAUUUAUAAUGCAUUUAUGCAAAAUAUAGAAAUAAAUGCAAUUUACCAUGAUAGCCAUUGGAAGAUCCCUUAAAAAAAGAUUUAUUUGUGAAUUGGAAUGUAAGGGUUUUUCUAGAAAAGGGAUCUAGUUUGAAACUUGACCAUUUCCAAACAGAUGUUUGGAAUGUUUUCAGAAUGCCAACAUUUUAGCCACUUGGCAACUACCCUAAACAUUGCUAUUUUAAUUUAAGUUUUUUUAACUUAGAUCCUCUUCUAACACAAUGAGUUUUCUAGCAAAUAUAUAUUUGCUGUUUUCACAAAAAGCCCUGGAACAGCCUUAUUUGCAUGAAUUUUCACUUUUAGUUUUAUUUGACAGCUCUGUUUCCAAACAGUAACCAUUGUCUGGACCUGUGUCAUUUUUCCUUGCACACUGGGGUCUUGUUUGUGUCUGGACUGUUGCACAGUCAGCAGCUUUCAUGGUUAUCUGGGACAGUUGCAGAUUGUUAGGCUUUGUUUUCAGAAAGCCCUUUUCACAAAAGGAAAGAUUCCAAUAUCUUUUUUAUAUCAGGAAACUGAUUGUAUAUUUUCUGUUCUUCAGUCAUAGUUGCUAUGCUACGCAAAGAAAAUAAGGAGCUUUCUUACCAUAAAAACGUAUUAGUAUUACAAAGAGUGAUGUAUCAUAUAUACUGUACUCAGUUUAGGGCGUGGCAAGGAUUAUUAAAGGCAUUAAUAACUUAAGUGACCAUGUUGAAGAUCUGCCAAACUCUGUUGGUGCAGUUUAACGCUAACACAAAUGAACAGAACUUUUCCUAAACCACUCUGGUUGAGUAAAUCCUCUAAAAGACUAUUUCACAGUGAAUAAAUAAUAAUAAAUAAAUAAUAAUAAUAAUGUUGGCUGGGAAAGUGCUAAUCUUUGCCACAAUUUCCUUCCUCCUGCUGACCUUUUGGGGUGUGGAGGGGCAUUGACCCUCAGAAUAAGUUACUAAACUUUUAGUAGUGAAAUUAGAUGGCUGGAGGAGACUGAUUCCAUGUGUUUUUUUUCCACACUGUGUAGAAUACUACAUGUCCCUCAUCUGAAUAACUAGUGGUAUUUUAAUUUUGUUUUGUUUUGUUUAAAAACUUUUGUUAUAAUAACUGACAGGGUCGCUUUAUAGUAACUUAUUUUCUGUUUCUGGAAGGAGGUAUUUUUCCAUUCCAUUAAGAGCAGAGUUGUGAGAAUUUAAACAUAAAAUAAAUCUGAGUGAGUGCAGGAGAGUGUUUGGGAGUUUUGUUUAACGCUUGAGAUACUAUUUCUAAGCAGACACUACAAUUUGAGUUCUUGCUAACCCAAAUACAUUCAGAUUGGUGAAUACUUUUUGGCAUUAGAUAGAACUGCCAAAAACAUACUCUAAGAGUAAAGUUUGACAGUAAAGAUAAAAUGUCUAUUUUAUAAAAUUACUACCUUGCUGCUGUGAUCUAAACAGAUUUUUGCUGUGGAAUCAUCUGAUUUCAUAUUUUGUUAAUUCCCCCCCCCCAUCACUGUUUGUAAAAGCGAUGCAUCCAUAAUCACUUCAGUCUAAAUUAUAUUUAUUUUCAACACCAAUUUUCAUGUUGUCAACAUACGAACAUUACACAACUCAAUGGUGUUGACAUGAUAGACUGGAGUAUUCAGUAACUGCUUUCAAUAUUGUUACUUUUAAGAUUCUUUGUUUCUUAGAGACAUUGUUGUCAGUGCAGAUUUUUCUGAAGUCACAAUAUCUCUGUUAUAUUUCAGUCUGUCCAAAAAUCCAUAGCUCUUGGAUCUGUUGAAAAUGGUUAUUGCAUAUUCUCACUCCAAGAUUGAGUCUGGGUUUCCCUCUGCAAGGGAACAUUGGCCUCAUGGGAGUUGGGGAGGUACCACUGUAGCCUUGAUUUUUUCUAGAUGUUUACCUAACAUGGACCUGAUGGGAAUGCUUUUGAGCUCUCUGGAUAAACCAAGAGUCCAAGCUGAUUUAGGCAAUGUACCUGUAAUUCCCACCUUUUUAUAUACAAAUAGAAGGUAUCUGAGUUCCACCAGCAAGAUACUAGAGGUUGUUUUCACUAACCCAGCUUCCAAGGUGGCCUACUACAACUCUUCUCUUGUAGCAAUUUAGCAAAGAAGGAAGAUCUUAAAGCUAUAUUACCCAGAAGGGAGUCCCAGGUUGUAGUACACAGUACUAAGUUGAGCAUUGGGGUUUAUUUUACUUUCGAUACACAUGGAGAUACAAACAUUCCUUUUUAUUAGUCAUGUACUCAUUCCAUUCUUCCUUUUGUAAACUUUUUGGGCCCACAUUUUAUGGGCAUUGAUAUAUAUAAAUAUAUAUAAAUAUAUAUAUAUAAAAUAUAUAUGAAUAUAUUUUUUUAAGUUUC